CCAUUUUUCACUCUAAAAUCAGAUCUAAUCUUUUUCACCUGCAAUUUCUGUCGGUUCUCAUUUCCCGCGUCUAUACAUACACCAAUUCUUCACCGCGUUGAGGUUUUUUGUAAUGCUGCUGGAUUCCAACUGAAAAAAUGGUGAUGUACGGACCACUGGCGCCUGGUCAGGUAUCGUUUUUCCUUGGAAUUGUACCAAUAUUUGCUGCUUGGUUGUACUCAGAAUAUUUGGAUUACAGAAAGAAUUCAUUGUCUGCAUCUGCGAAGCUUGGAAGGGAUUCUGAUGUCAGUUUGGUUGAGUUGGCUGGGGCAGUUAAAGACGAUGAUAGAGCUGUUCUUCUGGAAGGAGGAGGCCUUCAGUCGGUCUCUCAUGGAGUGCGGAAUUCGUCUGUAACAUCUCAAUUGAUAAGGUUUCUUACGUUGGAUGAGUCAUUCUUGCUGGAGAAUCGGUUGACUUUAAGAGCCAUGUCAGAGUUUGGUGCCCUUUUAAUCUACUAUUACAUAUGUGACCGAACGGAUCUCCUUGGAGAAUCAAAAAAGAGUUAUAACCGGGAUCUUUUCUUGUUCCUGUACUUCCUUCUCAUCAUUGUCUCGGCAGUUACUUCAUUCAAGAUACAUAAUGACAAGUCAGCAUUCUCUGGAAAGUCAAUGAUGUAUCUGAAUAGACAUCAAACUGAGGAGUGGAAAGGUUGGAUGCAGGUUUUAUUUCUUAUGUAUCACUACUUCGCUGCCACAGAAAUCUACAAUGCCAUAAGAAUCUUCAUAGCUGCAUAUGUAUGGAUGACUGGAUUUGGGAAUUUCUCAUAUUAUUACAUCCGCAAGGAUUUUAGCCUUGCAAGGUUUGCUCAGAUGAUGUGGCGGCUAAAUUUCUUGGUAUUUUUUUGCUGCAUUGCGCUUAAUAACAGCUAUGUCUUAUACUACAUAUGCCCCAUGCACACUCUUUUCACAUUGAUGGUGUAUGGAGCACUUGGAAUAUACAACAAGUAUAAUGAACGUGGAACUGUCAUGGCUCUAAAAAUAUUAGCUUGCUUUUUAGUAGUCAUCUUUAUAUGGGAAGUACCUGGGGUAUUCGAUCUGUUCUGGAGUCCCUUCACUUUUCUGCUAGGAUACAGAGACCCAGCCUCGAAAGUCGAACAUCCGGCUUUGCAUGAAUGGCAUUUCCGUUCAGGCCUUGAUCGCUACAUUUGGAUAAUUGGAAUGAUAUAUGCAUAUUACCACCCAACAGUCGAGAGAUGGUUGGAAAGAUUGGAGGAAGCUGAAACAAAGCGCAGGAUAUUUAUCAAGUCAAUGAUUGUGACAAUAUCCUUGACGAUUGGAUAUCUUUGGUUUGAGUUCGUAUACAAGCUUCCAAAGAUUACAUACAACAAGUACCAUCCUUAUACGUCAUGGAUUCCUAUCACUGUUUACAUAUGCUUGCGGAAUGUUACUCAGAGUUUCCGCUCCUACUCAUUGACACUUUUUGCAUGGCUCGGCAAGAUCACUUUGGAGACCUACAUCUCGCAGUUUCACAUAUGGCUUAGGUCCAGUGUGCCAGAUGGUCAGCCGAAGCUGCUACUUUCAUUGAUUCCAGAUUAUCCGAUGUUAAACUUCAUGCUCACCACUGCAAUUUAUGUAGCGGUAUCCUACCGUCUUUUUGAGCUUACAAACACUCUGAAAACAACAUUCAUUCCAUCCAAGGACGACAAGCGCCUUGGACACAACUUGGCUGCAGCUUUAGUGAUUGGAGGCAUCCUUUACAUCUUGGCUUUUGUAUUAACAAAAGUUCCUCAAAUGCUAGUGUGAAAUUAGGGAUUACAGCAAACGAGAGAAUCGAUUGCUUGCGAAAAAGCAGAUUAUUGAUGCGCUUGGAACGAACAUCAAAUUGAGUAAUUGCUCAAUAUACAAUUUUAGUGUAUGGUAUAUGGGAGAGGUCUGGUAAAAUUGUGUAUAGAAAGGGCAGGGCUCUUUAGCUAUGAAAAUCUACUACAAACUUGACCAUUGUUGUUAAUCAUGUUCUGUUGCGAAUCAUGUUCGUGAUUUCCACUCUGCUACUGUAUUUGAUGCCAUUUUAUUCACCAUGAAAUCCCAUUUUUAAGAAUUCAUUAGGUAAAGUGUUACUACUUUUUGAA